AUGGAUGUCACAGCCCUCCGAGAUCGCAUUCAGUCUACUCUAGACGCGAAUGCCGAUAUUCGCCGGCAAGCAGAGCUUGAUUUGAAAUAUGCCGAGACGCAACCCGGAUUUAUCAAUGGACUCUUGGAUAUCUUGCAGGGCGAGCAGAACAACGCAGUCCAGCUUUCUGCUGGUGUUUACCUGAAGAACCGAAUUACACGUGGAUGGGCCCCCGUUGAAGAUAGCCCGCAGCGUACGCCGAUUCCUGAUGCCGAGAAGCCCAGUUUCAGGGAGAGACUCAUUCCUGCACUGGCCUCGACGCCUCCCAAUGUGCGCAAUCAACUGGUUCCCCUCCUCCAGAAGAUCCUCCAAAACGACUUCCCCGAGCAGUGGCCUGGAUUCUUGGAUCUUACUCUGCAGCUCCUCGGUACCAAUGACGCAAGUACGGUCUAUGCGGGUCUGCAGUGUCUUUUGGCAGUGUGCCGGGUUUACAGAUUUAAGGCCGGUGAGAAAAGAGAGGAGUUCGAUAAGAUCGUGGAGCUUUCAUUCCCCCAGCUGCUUAGCAUAGGAUCAAAGCUUGUGGAUGAGGAAAGUUUGGAGGCUGCGGAGAUGCUCCGUAUCGUGUUCGAGCUUUCUCCAUGCCUACAGACCCAUCAGGCGACUGUGGACUGGUGCACACUGUUCCUGCGUAUUGUCUCUAAGACACCCCCUGCGAGCUCCAUGGGUGAUUCAAAGGAGGAGAGGGAGAUGAACCACUGGUGGAAAUGCAAGAAGUGGUCAUACGCCAACCUGAACCGCCUGUUCAUCAGAUAUGGCAACCCCACUACGAUUACGAAAUCAUCCACCCCCGACUACACACCGUUUGCGAAGACCUUUAUCAGCACCUUCGCCCCCGAAAUUCUCAAGGGAUACCUGACAGAGAUUGACAAGUGGGUGUCUAAGACACAAUGGCUCAGCAACUCCGCCCUUUCAUAUACUUUGGUCUUCAUGGAGGAGUGUGUCAAGCCCAAGGCUAUGUGGGACCACCUGAAGCCGCACAUGGACAACCUAAUCGCCCACUUCGUUUUCCCGAUCUUGUGUCAGUCUGACGAGGACAUUGAACUGUUCGAGGAUGAUCCAUCUGAGUAUCUCCACCGCAAAUUGAACUUCUACGAGGAAGUGUCUGCUCCUGACGUUGCCGCCACAAACUUCCUGGUUUCCCUCACCAAGAACCGCAAGAAGCAGACUUUUGCGAUUCUCACAUUCGUGAAUAGUGUUGUUAGCAAGUAUGAGUCUGAGCCGGAGGAGCAGAAGCAGCCCAGGGAGAAGGAAGGUGCUUUGAGAAUGAUUGGAUCGCUUGCUUCCGUCAUCCUGGGCAAGAAGAGCCCGAUUGCCGAUCAAGUUGAAUACUUCUUUGUCCGUCACGUUUUCCCCGAAUUCCGCAGUCCUCACGGCUUCCUCCGUGCUCGUGCUUGCGACACCUUGGAGAAGUUCGAGCAGCUCGACUUCAAAGACCCGAACAACCUCAUGGUUAUCUACCGAAACAUCCUCGAGUCCAUGACCGAUUCUGAACUUCCUGUGCGAGUCGAGGCCGCCCUUGCUCUGCAACCUCUUAUCCGUCAUGAUAUUAUCCGUACAUCGAUGCAGCAGAACAUCCCACAGAUCAUGCAGCAGCUUCUCAAGUUGGCCAAUGAGGUCGAUGUGGAUGCUCUGGCUAACGUUAUGGAGGAUUUUGUUGAGGUCUUCUCUGCUGAGCUUACUCCCUUCGCUGUGGCGUUGAGCGAGCAGCUUCGCGAUACUUACAUGCGUAUUGUUGGUGAGCUUUUGGAGCGCAAUGCUUCCAAGGGUGGCGACGAGGAUGGCUACGGCGACUUCUUGGACGACAAGAGCAUUACCGCUCUGGGUGUGUUGCAGACUAUUGGCACCCUCAUUCUCACGCUCGAAAGCACCCCUGACGUGCUUCUGCACCUUGAGACCAUCUUGAUGCCCGUCAUCAGCAUCACCCUGGAGAACAAGCUUUAUGAUCUCUAUAACGAAAUUUUCGAGAUCAUUGAUAGCUGCACAUUCGCAUCCAAGACCAUUUCCCCGUCCAUGUGGCAAGCUUUCGAGCUGAUUCACAAGACCUUCAAAGCUGGUGCAGAGCUGUAUCUCGAAGACAUGCUCCCCGCCCUUGACAACUAUGUCGCUUAUGGCUCUGAUAUGCUGGUUCAGAACCCAGCCUACCUCGACGCUAUGGUCGGUAUGGUGCAGGACAUCUUCUCUGACGAGAAGGUUGGUGGCGUUGACCGCAUCUGCGGGUGCAAGCUUGCUGAGACCCUGAUGCUCAACCUUCGGGGUCACAUUGACCAGUAUAUUCCCCUUUUCAUUGAGAUGGCUAUGCGAGUCAUCGACGCCGGCGAGGCAAGCACCAGAUCGUACCGCAUCCACUUGAUGGAGAUGGUCAUCAACGCCAUCUACUACAACUCAGCUCUCAGUCUUCAAGUUAUGGAGGCCAAAGGCUGGACCAACAAGUUCUUCAGCACAUGGUUUGCCAACAUCGACAACUUCAGACGUGUACACGAUAAGAAGCUGUCAAUUGCCGCAAUUAGCUCACUGCUUACUCUGAAGGCUGCCGAUGUUCCGACCCUGCCUGCUGCUCUCAAGCAACGUGAGGAUGCUACCAGGGAGUCCGACUUUACCCUCGAUGACGAGGAUGAUGAGGACGACGAGGAAAACGACUGGGAUGGAGAUGUUGAGUGGGACGAGAACGAGGUUGAAGCAGCUCUGGAGGAGGACGAUGUCCCCGACGAGAGUGCCGCUUACCUCGACUUCCUCAACCAGGAAGCACAAAAGUUCGGCUCCUACGCCGAUGAUGACGAUGAUGACAUGGACGAGGAAAGCCUUCUGGAGACCCCUCUGGACAAGGUUGAGCCAUAUGGCAUGUUCAAGCAUGUCCUGCUGAGCCUUCAGCAAGAACAGCCCCAGCUAUACGAGAGUUUGACCAAGGUCCUCGGCCCCGAAGAACAGCAGGUCAUUCAAGGCGUCUUCCACGAAGCCGACGCCAAGGCCAUGGUCGCCGCUGCCAACGCAGAAGCUGCCGCCGCCGCGGGCAUGCAGGCCAACGGCAACUAA